AUGACAUCUUGGGGACCAAGCCUUUCUACUGAGCCAGUUGUCAUAUUCGACAGCAGGGCCGGGGGUGCGCGAGACAAGAGUAGGCCUAAUGCGACCGACAACAGUACCUCAGCCUCGGGCUCAGCCAGUACUUGCCACUGGGAAGCAAACGGAGACCGGGACAACGACCACUCAGAUUCAGAAUCCACAGUGCAACUAGAAGAUUAUCUUGACACAGAUGAUUCGCAUUCUGGAAGUACUGAUGCAGCUGGAUCAGGAUCCACACCUUCCUCUUGUGCCUCUACAGCUAGCGGUACAGACAAAGAAACUCGAUCAAAGAAAGCAGCAAGGAAGGGAGUCAAGAGGGGCCCAGUAAACAAAGGGAAAGCACCAGCAAAACGAUCGAGCCGCAUGUCCUCUGCCAUCGCGCAGGUAAAAGAAGAAGUGUCACAAGAAAUGAAGGAAUCAGAGGAGGAAAGUUAUAAACAAUACAAAGAAUUGAUGGCACACAUGUCUUGAUCAGAAAUACGCAAUGAGGAAGUAAAUAAGCAGUGGCUGCAAGUUAUGGAAAAUCAGAUGCAACAUGAAAGGGAAUUCCAAGUGUCUGUCAUGAACAUGAUGGGAGUGAUGACAGCUUCACUGUCAACAUUUAUGCACUCAUUCCCACCAUCGUUCCGGACAUCCCCACCACCAUUCCCGAUGUCCAGGCCAUCGUUCCCAGCAUCUUAUUCCUCCUUCCAGACAAACACACCAUCUUUUCCAACAACCAGAACCUCGUCGCCAAUGUCAGACGUCAACCCGUCUUUCCAUAACUCUACACCAUCAUUCCCGACAUGCAGGCCACAGCAAAUGUCCACACCAUCUUACCAGACGUCCUCACCAUCGUACCAUAUGUCCAGCCCA